UACUCUAACAAUGUAUUUUCAGCAGUCGUGGAGAGACAAACGGCUUUCAUAUUCUGGGAUUCCUUUAAACCUCACACUGGACAACAGAGUAGCCGAUCAACUCUGGGUACCUGACACAUACUUCCUAAAUGACAAGAAAUCAUUUGUUCAUGGAGUCACUGUUAAGAACAGAAUGAUACGGUUGCAUCCUGAUGGAACGGUGCUUUAUGGUUUGAGGAUUACUACCACAGCUGCUUGCAUGAUGGACCUCCGCAGAUAUCCGCUAGAUGAACAAAACUGCACACUGGAAAUUGAAAGCUAUGGAUAUACUACAGAUGACAUUGAAUUUUAUUGGACAGGAGACCAUCCGGUGAAAGGCGUUGAAAACAUUGAACUGCCUCAGUUCUCCAUCGUUCACUACAACAUGGUGUCCAAGAAAGUUGUUUUUGCAACAGGGUCUUAUCCUAGACUGUCCCUUAGCUUCCGCCUCAAGAGAAACAUUGGGUACUUCAUCUUACAAACGUACAUGCCUUCAAUUCUGAUAACGAUUCUGUCCUUUGUAUCCUUCUGGAUCAACUACGAUGCGUCUGCAGCAAGAGUGGCUCUAGGUGUUACGACUGUACUAACCAUGACAACUAUCAGCACUCAUCUCAGGGAGACUCUUCCAAAAAUUCCUUAUGUGAAGGCUAUUGACAUCUACUUAAUGGGUUGCUUUGUGUUUGUGUUCCUGGCUUUGCUCGAAUAUGCUUUUGUAAACUACAUAUUUUUUGGAAGAGGACCUCAGCUACAGAAAAAGGUUGCAGCAAAAGCAUCACAGGCCAACAACGAAAAGAACAGACUGGACACCAACAAAGUUCAGGUUGACGCCCAUGGAAACAUUCUUCUAACAAGCCUUGAAAUCCGAAAUGAAGUCUCUGGCUCAGAGGUGUUGACAAGCUACAGUGAUCCAAGAGGCACAAUGUUUUCAUAUGAUAGUGCCAGCAUCCAAUACAGGAAGCCAGCUGCAGCUCGAGAUGUAUACAACAGAAGCACUAUGGAUAGACAUAUGGUCCAUAAGAAGGGGCGCUUACGGAGACGAGCGUCUCAGAUCAAAAUCAAAAUCCCUGACUUGACUGAUGUCAAUGCUAUAGACCGGUGGUCAAGGCUUAUUUUUCCCAUCACGUUUGCUUUUUUUAACGUAGUUUACUGGCUUUACUAUGUGCACUAAAGGAUCACAAUGUACAUAUUAUUACAGACUCGGUACUUGCUUUUUUGUUAUUAAUUAUUAAUGGACUAUUGUAGCAAUAUUGCUACUACUUUAAGGUAAGAUAUUCAGCCAUUGAAAUUGUUUCUGUUUCAUGCAGUACACACUGUUCACAUCAUAUGUGUUUACAUAAAAGAAGAGCUUCUCUCAGUGGAGUUGUACUCUUCAAAAUACCUGUUAAGUGUUAGUCCUCAAACAUUUAGUGGUGAUUUUCACUUUAGCACCACAGUUUACUGCUAGACUACUUUUAUGCUACAUAGGAAAUCAGAGACUGCUGAGAAGUACAUGAACUAUAUUUGUACUAACUGAAUUGCCAUUAUGUUGGCCUUUUUCCAGAAAGUGAACAGUUGUGGAUUUUCAAACAUUCCAUCUCUUAAGCAUGCUUGUUGUGAUAGACAUCAGCUGUUGGGAAAACUCUGGGAAUUUAGGAUGCUAAGCAAUGUAUUUCUGAAGAUGUAUUACUCUAAGUGACUGGAUUAACUUUGAACAAUGGUCUUUGUUACUAAGUAGAUUAACUCUGUGUUGUAAAUAUUCUUUACUGGAUCAGGAAAUGAAAUGUUAAUUUCUCAUGCAUUACAUAGUAUUUAGUAUACCAUUUUGUCAAUGCACUAGCAAUUGCUCUGGUCUGUGAAUGAAUAUGCUAUAAUGCAAUUAUGAGAUUUAUCUUAUUAUGUAACAUACUGUAAAGGCCAAUGCAGUUCACUGCAUAGCCUCACUGCCAUAAACAGCACCUGCACAUACCUUUCACCCUACUGUCCAGAUAACUGAUGCACUCAGUUUUGCAGGUAAGUUAUUAAUGUAUUUCAAAUGGCUGAACAUGAUGUUUCCUAAAGGUCUAUUGAGAAUCAUCUGGAUGAAUGUCAAAACACAAGUUAAUUUGAGGAUUAGUUCAAAAAGGUAUUCACAGGAGCUGAACUUUUAGUAAGUUCUAGAAUUAACACUGGUCAGAAUAUAAUAAAUUGUAAAUCUUUCUGA